AUGAUCGAGGCCAGCCAAGUCUGCUCGGGCUACUAUAGCCUCAACCACACCUUCGUGGAGACCUUCCAAUGCCCCCGACAUGGAGAGGGGGCCACCCUCAUAUACUGCUGCGGCUUCGCCGACCUCAAGUACUGCUGCAGCGAGCCGGGCAGCUACUUCCCCUACAAGUACAGCUACAUGUGGAGCCUCAGCAUUGGUGCCUUGAUUGGACUGGGAAUUGCUGCUCUUGUUUUACUUGCCUUUGUCAUCAGCGUCUGUGUCCUUUGCUAUUUAUUUCUUUAUUCAAAACCUCAGAGAUUAGACACCGGACUCAAACUCCAGCACCUGGAGGCUUCUUCAGGAGAAGGUAACUCAAGUAGAAAAGCAAAAGCUACUAAUUCAAGUGCAGUUUCAAAUUCAACAAAUGAAACAUCAUGUGAUGCAGAUGAGAUCAUUCAAGAAAAGCUAAUGGAUAUGACAAAUCAACAUUGCUCAUUUGCUAAAAAUACUGCAUUUUAG